AUGGAGCCCAGCAAAGCCCAGACAAAUGGAGUGUCAACUUCAAAACCUGUGCUGUUUUUUGACAUUGAUAACUGCCUCUACCCGAGAAGUUCAAAGGUCCAGGACUACAUGGCCCAGCUGAUUGACGAGUACUUCGCAAAGCACCUCGUACUCAGCUGGGAUGACGCAGUGAAGUUGCACAAGGAGUAUUACACCAACUACGGCCUCGCAAUUGAAGGCCUGGUCCGCCACCAUGAGAUCGACCCCUUGGAGUAUAAUUCCAAGGUCGACGACGCCCUACCGCUCGAGGAGAUCCUCAGCCCGAAUCCUGAGCUGCGCGAGCUGCUUGAAGAUGUCGACAAGAGCAAGUGCACCAUGUGGCUUCUCACCAACGCCUAUGUGAACCACGCUAAGCGCGUGAUCAAGCUGCUGGGUAUUGAAGACCUCUUCGACGGCCUCACUUUCUGCGACUACGGACAGGCGCCGCUUGUCUGCAAGCCUGCCAAGGAGAUGUACCUGAGGGCCAUGCGUGAGGCAGGUGUUGAAAAGAUGGAGGAUUGCUACUUUGUUGACGACUCUUACUUGAACUGCCAAAAGGCCCAGGGCUAUGGCUGGAACGUAGCGCAUCUUGUUGAGGAAGAUCUCCCUGUGCCGAGGACACCUGCAUCCGCGCAUCAGAUCCGUCACCUCAGGGAGCUGCGAGACGCCUUUCCCCAAUUCUUCAAGUCCAAGAACGCUUAG